AUGGCAUUGAUCUUGGUUUCCGGCCUACCCUGUAGUGGAAGGAGUACAAGAAGUAAACAACUUAUAGACGAUUUCAGCGAACGGAUAACGAAAUCAUCAGAUCAACAAAUAUCUUCUUUACGAAUCGUUCACUUAACCAAUGCAGAAGCAAAUGUGGAUAGAAAGGCAUUUCACACGCAACUGAAGGAGAAACCAGCAAGAUCAGCAUACCUUUCACUUGUGAUGAGAAGUAUAGCAAAAGAUGCAAUCGUCUUUGCUGAUGGAGGAGCAGGAACGAACAUCAAAGGUUUUCGAUAUCAAUUAUGGUGUGCAGCAAGAGAAGUUGGCGUUCGAUGUGCCAGCGUACUUUGUGCUGCAAAACCGGACGUAUGCAAAAGGAGAAAUACAGAUCGAAUGAAUGCGAUUCUUGAAAGUACGGAAAGUAGACAAAUGGAAGAUGCAUACGAAAAUGAUACGUUAGACGAACUUUUGAUGCGAUUCGAAGAACCAAAUGCAAUGACCAGAUGGGAUUCUCCGCUUUUCGUGAUUGAUUGUACGCCAGAAAAAGAUGAAGAUGAUUCAACAUGCGAACUUCCACCUUUUGAUCAAAUUUGGGAUGCGAUCACAAAAGGUGAAGUGAAAAAGGCACCAGACGUUGUUGCUCCCGUUCGUGGAACGACGAGUAAUUAUUUAUCACUCUUGGAAUCAACAACACAAGCAGUCUUGUCUGCUUUGCAAACCUUGCAAUCUUCUGGUGUUUUACCAGAGAUGGGAGGACAAGUACAGCUUUCCGUACAAAUGCAACACAGUACACCUGCUGUACAGAAGAUUGGACUGUUCUUACCUGCUGGAAAGCGGGCGCCAACGACUGCCACUCUGCAAAGAUUGAGAAGGCAAUUCGUAAAGAUGCACGCAAGUAGUGCUGCUUCGCAAAAUGAGAUUGGAUUUGCGAUGGGACUAGAAGGAAGAUACACAGCAACAAGCGAUCAUCAAAAAGGCUCUGAGAAUUCUACAGGCAAUUCUAGAGCAGAAAGGAAACGAACAUCUGAGGAAGAAGUCGCACACAGAUUUGUAGCAUACCUAGAAGAGACUCUAUAACGGCCACACAAUGUAUAGUAGAAUAGAAUAU